AUGAACUAUCGUAAUAUAUAUCGCCUAUUUAAUAAAAGAGUUAUUUUGUCAUCGAUAUGUAAACGAACCAAGGGUUACGUCGUUGUAAAAAGACCGGAUCCAAAAACCCUCAAAAUGCCUACAUCAACAGAGGCACCUAGUAUUCUAGAUAUAAUUAAAGAAAAAGUUCGCCUUAAUGGUCCUAUUACAGUGGCUGAAUAUAUGCAUAUCGUGAUAACAAACCCUACAGAAGGAUACUACAUGAAAAAAGAUGUAAUUGGACAGCAAGGUGACUUUGUCACCUCUCCUGAAAUAAGUCAAUUAUUUGGUGAGAUUUUAACUAUCUGGUUCUUCUCGGAAACACGCAAGAUGGGACCAGGGAAGCCACUACAAAUUGUUGAAUUAGGUCCAGGAAAUGGCACAUUGAUGAUUGAUGUUUUAAGGGUUUUAAAUAAAUUGAAGUAUAAGCCAAAUGAAUUUAGUAUUCAUCUUGUGGAAAUAUCUUCUACAAUGCAGUUGCUACAAGCAAAUAAAUUGUGUGCGAGCCACAAGGAAAGUGAUAUUGAGUUACCUUAUAAUAGAGAGGGUGUAACCGUAAGUGGAAUAAAAGUUUAUUGGUAUAAUGAUCUAAAAAAGGUUCCACAGAAUUUCUCUUGGUACAUAGCACAUGAAUUUUUUGAUGUUUUGCCUGUACACAAAUUUGAGAAAACAGAAAAAGGGUGGAGGGAAAUACUUAUUGAUUUAGAUGAAAAUCAAAAGCUAUACUAUAGAAUAUCAGCAGAAGAAACGCCAAGUGUUAAGAUGCUCAUCCGUCCUCCACUGAAUGGCAGUGAUAGAAUGGAUUUAGAGAUCAGCCCCAGAGCUCUGGGUAUUGGAAGGCAGUUAGCUCAGAGAGUUGAUGAAUUUGGAGGAUUAGCCUUAAUAGCUGAUUAUGGACAUGAAGGAGAGAAAGGAGAUACUUUUAGGGCUUUCCAUCAACAUAAAUUAGUGGACCCAUUAGAGAACCCAGGUGUGUCGGAUCUGACUGCUGAUGUAGACUUCAGUCAAUUACGAGUAGCAGCAUCUAUGACACCCGGGAAUGAUAACUAUGCUAUUGUACUGGGACCAGUCAAACAGAAAGACUUCUUGGAAAGAAUGCAGGCCAAGGUUCGGUUAGAGGUCUUACUUACAAAUAUAAAAAAUGAAGAAGAUAAAGAAAAAUUAAUGGCUGCCUAUAAUAUGUUGGUUGAUCCGCAGAAAAUGGGAGACAGAUUCAAAUUUAUGGCAUUCUACCCUUCUUCAAUGGGGGAGAUCUUAGAAAAGCAUCCACCAGUUGGAUUUGCUAAUCUUGAUGCUAGAAGCGAAUAG